AUGAAAUCCAGCAGCACCGUACUCUUAGCGGGCGCCACGCUCCUCUGUGUCGGUUUGGCAAUAUCUCCACCCCGCCAACCCCAUCAACCCCUUGGCAACGGAACAAGACUCCUCACCUUCAACGAGACGGCGGUGUCCUCGUCGUUCGGCGCAAGCUCUGCAUCGGUCAAUUGGCUUGAGGGCGGCGAGGAUGGCCAGGUCAUCUACCGAGACGACGAGGGUGCGCUAGUCCUCGAGAACUUCUUCACGGGGGAGAACUCUACUUUCGUGUCGGCUGACAAGAUCCCCUCGGACGUGUGGGAUUACUGGAUUCGACCCGAUCUGGAGAAAGUACUCUUCGCUACAAAUCACACGAAGCAGUAUCGGCACUCCUACUUUGCCGAUUACUCGGUCCUGGACGUCGCAUCGGGAAAAGUGACUCCGCUCGUGGAAGAUCAAGUGGGCGAUAUCCAGUACGCCGAGUUUGCGCCCGUGGGGGAUGCGAUCGCAUUUGUACGUGGUAACAACCUCUUCCUGAGCCGCAAUGGCACCGUGAGCCAUAUCACCACUGAUGGAGGCCCUGAUCUCUUUCAUGCGGUGCCGGACUGGGUGUACGAAGAGGAGAUCUUCGGCGCUCGGAAGACAUUGUGGUUCUCGCCCGACGGGGAGGCCUUGGCGUUCCUAAGUUUCAACGAGACUGGAGUAGAGACCUUCACUGUGACCUAUUACAUGGAUGGGCGGCCCAUUGCCCCGAGCUAUCCACGAGAGCUAGAUUUGCGGUACCCCAAGGUUGGGAGCACGAACCCAGCCGUGAGCUUGACUCUCCUGACCGUGCAGAGUGGUGACCUGCUACCGGUGGCACUAGAUGCGUUUGGUGCGGAGGAUCUGAUCAUUGGUGAGGUCACUUGGUUGACUGACGGCCACAGCAGCUUCGUGUACCGUGUAUUCAACCGGGUUCAAGAUCAGUCGAAGCAUGUGCGGGUUGAUGUGGACAAGGCAUCCUACAGCGCGCCGCAGUCGACUGUCAUUCGGGAGCGCGAUGGGUCUGACGGCUGGCUGGAUAAUAAUAUGGCUAUAAAGUACAUCGGCGCGGUGAAUGCAUCUGGAGAUUGGUACAUUGACCUUUCCGAUGAGUCCGGCUGGCAGCAUCUGUAUCUGUAUUCUAUGGACGGAAACGAGGGUAUUCCUCUUACCAGUGGAGACUGGGAAGUGGAUUCGGUGCUCAAGGUCGAUACCGCUCGCCAAUUGAUCUACUACACUUCGACGGAGCACGAUAGCACCGAGAGACAUCUCUACUCGGUGAAUUACGCCACUCUGGAGAAGCAGGCCCUAGUCGAUGAUACCGUCCCUGCGUACUGGUCAGCCUCCUUCUCUUCGGCCGGCGGUUACUACAUCUUAAGCUAUCAGGGACCAGACGUUCCAUACCAAGAACUCUACUCCAUCAACAGCAGCACCACGCCUCUCAGAACCAUCACCUCGAACGAGGCCCUUUGGACCAAGCUGCAGGACUAUGCUCUCCCCAACAUCACCUACUUGACUCUCGACAAACCCGACGGGUUUGGUCUGAACGUCAUGCAACGUCUCCCACCCAACUUCGAUCCCACCAAGAAAUACCCUGUUUUGUUCAUCCCGUACGGUGGGCCAGGUGCGCAAGAAGUCUCGAAGAGGUUUCAAUCUCUUAACUGGAAAGCUUACAUCACCUCCGACCCCGAGUUGGAAUUCAUCACCUACACAGUCGACGGUAGGGGCACGGGCUACAGAGGACGGGAGUACCGAUCAGCGGUCGCCUUACAGCUUGGGAAGCUCGAGACCGACGAUCAGCUCUGGGCAGCCCAGGAACUGACUGCACGAAACUCAUUCAUCGACGCAACUAAGAUUGGCAUAUUCGGAUGGUCCUUCGGCGGCUUCCUCAGCGCCAAGGUAGUCGAAGCCGACUCCGGUAUUUUUAGUCUCGGGUUGAUCGUCGCGCCAGUGAGUGACUGGCGAUUCUACGAUAGCAUGUAUACCGAGCGGUACAUGAAGACGUACGACAUGAACCAGGCCGGCUACAACGAGACAGCCGUCCGGAAGACUCAGGGAUUCAAGGACAUCGCUGGCGGUUUCACCAUUUUACAUGGGCUCGGGGACGAUAAUGUGCAUUACCAGAACACGGCCGCUCUGGUGGACACCCUCGUCGGUGACGGCGUCAGCCCGAUACAGAUGGAAUGGAGGUCGUUCACUGACAGCGAUCACAAUAUCAAUCACAACGGUGCACUGACGUACUUGUACAAGUACUUGACGGAGUUGGUAUAUCGAGAGAAGCUGAGGACAAGCGAGACUUUGACCCACCAAUGGAGCAAGAAGGCUAUAUAA